AUUUUUGGAAAGAAGUUUGGUCGAGGGGCAUUUUUACAGCAAAGUGGCAGAAAAGUGAAAGUCUACUCGGCCAAGAAUCGCACAUUCAUUUUUGUGUAUGCAUGCAUAUUCGCGGACCUUCCAGAUUAGAUUAGUUGGAAAUAUGCUUCCUUCGAAGUGUGUAAUCUGGACCAUUUCAGGAAUUACUGCGAGAAGUUACAAAGGCUUAAACUUCAACUGGAGGUCCAUCAGGACUUUCUUGAGCGUGUUCCUCUUGAUUGGAUACUUGUUCCAGUUGGGCUGCUUUUGCGCCCACAUGCGCAUUAACAAACUCCUGACUCUAAAUCCGCUAAUGUUUCACUUGGAGAGCGUGCUGCUUUCGGCCUUGUUUAUCUACUUGGCCACGCAAUGGCGCACCUUCUCCAAGCAAUGGUUCUUUGUGGAGCUUUCCAUGAAGCGAUAUGGACUGGAAUCGAAUAUGAAAAGGAAAAUCUCCAUUGUUAUGCUGUUAAUCUUAGGACUGACAUUUGUUGAGCACGCGCUGGUUACCAGUCAAUCCAUUCUGUUGAGUAUGCAGAAACACCCCAAUAGCACAUACGAGGCGCUGCAGGAAUACUUUGUGCAUGUGGAAUUUGUGGAGAUUUUCUACUAUUUGCCCUACAGCGCUGGCGUUGGCGUGUUCUUCAAAAUCCUCAUUGUCCAGAAAACGUUCAUGUGGUCGUUCGUGGACAUUUUCAUCAUAGUGCUAAGUAUUUACCUAAAUUUUCGCUUGCAACAGAUUUCUCAUAAGCUAAUGCACAUGUCGAGAAGUAAGGUGAUAAAUGAACAUUCUUGGAGCGCCAUUCGUGAGGACUACGUGAAAUUGUCACGAUGCUGCGAGCUGAUGAACAGCCAGCUUUGCUGGCUGAUCAUCUUGACCUUUUUCUUCAAUCUGUAUCACAUUCUAGCUCAGCUAUUUAGCAGCUUGAGGCCACUGGAUAAUUCUUUCCACAAAACCUACGUUUGGCUCUCCUUUCUGCUCUUGAUUAUUCGCGUCACAUCAGUCUGCUUCUUCGGAGGCUCAAUCUACGACGAGCAUGAGCACAUCAUGUUCAUCUUGUCCACAGUGCCAACAGCUUCGUAUAAUAUUGAGGUUGAGCGUUUUUUGAUUCACUUAAACAGCGCGGAAAUGGCUUUAACAGGGAAGAACUUUUUCAAAAUCACUCGGGGCCUGAUUCUGAAGGUCACAAGCGCCAUUGUCACUUAUGAGUUGGUCUUAAUCCAGUUCAAUCAACAGGAGUUCAAAACUGUUAAGUAAUUCUAGACUUGAUGUUCAGUAGAAUUAAGCUGAGUUACUCGUAAAACAUUCGUAAAUAAAUAAAUGCAAAAUUUCAUUUUUGAAUAACAGAAAAAAUGUUUGAUUUAGAUUAAUUUCUUAUACAGGGUAG